AUGUCGGACGACAAGCAGAUCAAGAUCGGUGCAUACCUGCUCGAGCGCCUCGUGCAGCUCGGCACGCAAAGCAUCCAAGGUGUGCCCGGCGACUUCAACAUGGGCUUCCUCGACCUCAUCGAGGACCAUUCGGCCCUUACGUGGGUGGGCAACUCGAACGAGCUCAACGCGGCCUACGCUGCGGACGGCUAUGCGCGCAUCAAGAGCACCGUUGCGGCUGUCGUAACCACGUUUGGCGUGGGCGAGCUGAGCGCGCUCAACGGCAUUGCGGGGAGCUUCUCAGAGCGUCUCCCUGUGAUUCACAUCGUCGGUGUGCCAUCCACGGCUGCACAGGGUGCCCACUCGUUGCUGCACCACACGCUUGGCGAUGGACGGUUUGGGGCGUUCGAGAACAUGAGCAAGGAGAUCAGCGCCGACAGCGCGGUGUUGAAGGCGAAGGAGGGCGCGGGCGAGGCAAUCGAUCGAAUCCUCAGGACGGCGAUGAAGAGCGCAAGACCCGUCUACCUCGCGCUGCCCACAGACCUCGUCCACGCCACCAUCCCCUCCGCCCCGCUGAACACGCCGCUCAACUACGACGCGGACGAAAACGACCCCGAUGCAGAGCAGUAUGUCCUCAACGUGGCUCGUCAACACAUCGCAGAUGCCAAAUCCGCCGUGAUCCUCGUCGACGCCUGCGCCGCGCGUCACGGAUGCAUCGCCGAAACCAACGAGCUCAUCACCAAAUCUGGCCUGCCCGUCUUCGCCACCCCCAUGGGCAAGGCCAUCGUCGACGAGGACCAUCCGCAGUACGGUGGCAUCUACGUCGGCAACCUCACCUCGGAUCCUGUCAAGAAGAUCGUCGAGGGCGCCGACGUGCUCAUCACCAUCGGCAGCCUCAAGUCGGACUUUAACAGUGGUAACUUCUCCUACCGCACUCCUAAGGCGUCCACCAUCGAGCUGCACUCGGACUACACGACGAUUGGCUACUCGCACUAUCCGGGCAUUGGGAUGAAGCGGUUGCUGCCCAAGCUGAGCGCCCUGCUUGAGCCCGAGGGCCAACGACGGUUGGAGGAGACCAAGAAGAUCGUGCCCAAGUUCGAGAACGUUCUUCCCCAGGACGACUCGUCCGUCAUCACACAAGAGUGGUUGUGGCCCCGAAUGGGUCAAUUCUUCGAAACGCAGGAUCAGGUGAUCGUCGAAACGGGCACGUCGAGUUUCGGCAUGUUGGAGGCGAAGCUUCCUGCCGAGACCCGAUGGGUGAGCCAGGUUCUCUGGGGUUCUAUUGGCUGGUCGGUCGGUGCGACUCUCGGCGUAGCCCUCGCAGCAAGAGAAGAAAAGCUCGGUCGAACCCACCUCUUCGUCGGCGACGGCUCCCUGCAGUUGACAGUCCAAGAGAUCGGUACCAUGAUCAAACACGGUCUCUGCCCAUACCUCUUUGUGCUCAACAACGACGGCUACGAGAUCGAAAGGCAGAUUCACGGUCCCCAGAGGAGUUACAACGAUAUUCCGCCGUACGAUCACAGGCUCCUGCUCGACUUUUUCGGCAAGCGCGACUUCAGGAGCGAUGCUCCCAGUCACGCCAAGGACAGGCCGCCAAGCAGGAAGCAGUACUGCAAGGCUUGGACGAAGGAACAGCUGGACAGGCUUUUGAACGACGAGCAUUUCAAAAAGCCCGAUAUGAUUAGGGUGAUCGAGAUCGUGAUGCAGAGGGGGGAUGCGCCAAAGGCGUUGAAGAGGCAGGCGGAGGCUACGGGCCAGGCGAACAAGUACGACUAG